AUGAGUUGCGAAGCGGUUGUAACGAAAAGUUUAACCACUCGUGAAGACGUGACAGAAAAACGAUAUGAGCAAAACGUUACAAUUCGAACAAGGAAAGAAAAAAAAGAAAGUGAACAACCUGAACCUGGAACAGAUGGGAAAACUGAAUAUUGCAAGAAGACGAACGUAUGCACUGCUGCGAAGCCCAAACAACCGGAGAAUGAGGUCAAACAUUCGAUAAGAAAGAUGAAGCCACUGAAUUCAACUCCGGUGACCACUCAACAAACUCGAAUAAAGAAGAAAGAAGAGGAGAAAAUUGAAUCUAGAACAGUCAAGAAAAUUGAGAAUAUCAAGAGGGCGGAUGUGGACAUGAUUAAAACGGACAAGCAACCUGAAAAAAGUUCCACACCUACCAUAAAAAAAAAUAGAGCCACCUACAACAUCAACACCGCAAACCGCCAUCUCAAACAUUUCCUGCCAGUCAAACAAUGGUACUUUUACCAAUAUCAAGACAAAGAUUACCGAAGUUGUCAAAGGCGCAAAAAGAAGUUGUCGAAGGCGAUAAGGCGCUUAACUUCUGGAGGUCAUGAUCAAUCAUUCCAAAUUUAUUUCUCUUUGACAACUCCUACGGUGCUCAAGAUGGAAAUGAGUUGCGAUGACUUUCGUCGAUCCGUGCAAGAAGAAAUCGAUUCGCUUGUAAAAGAUUUCCAAGAAUUACUCAAGCAGGCAGAUGAAUAUAACCUUAUCGACCAACUUCGCCCUUAUAUUGCUGAUUUUGCGAACGCAAAGGAAAAAAUGGAGGCUCUAAAGGCGGACUGUCUCAAGGGAAAGUGUCGUCAUAUGAAUGCAUCGAUCUUCAUCGAAAAAUUCGAACGAAACCACAAUCGCGCUUGCAACGUCGUAUGUAUCCACAUGAUCGAGUGUGCCAAAAGUGUUGGAUUGAUUCAACCGGGAUUUUCGGCCUAUAAAGAAUAG